AUGCCUUUCUUUCGCGGUCCGUUGAGAACAAUAGUGUUUUUUUACACGGUUGUGCUGAAUAUACUCUUUUAUCGUGAAUAUAUAUCUACGCUAACGCGUGAAAGUCUUGUACCGAAACCUCAUUCUCAGGUUCAUCAUACUGGAGGUUUGAAAACUUGUCCCAACCCACUUCAGUCCAAAGCCCAAAGCCAAAACAACGCCGCAAAUGAAUGGAGUGUUUUGCAUCACCUUGGAGGGAAUGGCCCAUGGUUUGAGUACACUGAAGGAGCGGUAUUAAAUCUGACAACAGAAAAAUGCUCAGUCAGUCAAGUGCAUUUGAGCCUUCGGUUAACUGUCAUCAGCUAUCACGGCAUGGCGAAAGAUACCCGACACCUGCUGUUGGCAACCGCAAGUCAUCUCAAACUUCUGAAGCGGGUAGAAGAGACAGGUCUGACUCUCAAUGGCUCACUCUCAUUUCUCAACCAGUGGUCCUAUUUCAGCAACAACACCAAAAGCGACUUUGGACAGUUGACCAACACAGGCCCCUACGCUGGAACACUGGGUGCAUUCACAACCGGUGUCAGAUUCAGGACACGGUAUGGCCAUCUAAUCCGCGACAACACUAAGACCCGACUGUGGGCAAGUGACUCGAACCGGGUGAUUGAGACAGCUCGCUAUUUCGCAUCAGGUUUUUUCGGCCUAUCAUGGGAGAGCCGAGAGCAUGCACAACUUCAGAUCAUCCCCGAGGAGUUUGAUAGAGGCGCGGACACUCUGACUCCGGGUGAUACAUGCCUCAAUUAUCUCCAAGAUACCAUCCGUGGCCACGACAAUGGCAUAGAGAUGCUUGCUCGGUUCCAAAAUACAUAUAUUCCUGCCAUCGCAGAACGAUUGCUCAACGAGGGGAAUUCUGGACUGAAAAUGCUAUCCAACGUGGAGGUGUACAGUAUGCAGGAGAUGUGUGGGUUCGAGAUCAUGGUGCGAGGAUCGAGUCCGUGGUGCGAAGUAUUUACUGAGCAAGAUUGGGACAACUUCGAAUAUGCCCGCGACAUAUUCCUCUAUUAUCGCGCUGGACCGGGUAAUCCAUACGCUGGUGCAAUGGGAUGGUUAUGGCUGAAUGCGACGGCCGGAUUGCUGCAUAAUGGACCGGUAGCUGGAAAUGUGUUCUUGAGCUUUGUACAUGAUGGUGAUAUUGGACCGUUCCUUACAGCACUGGGGAUAUUUACCGGCGACAAGGCCCUUCCAACUACCCAUCUAGUAGCAGACCGUGCCUGGCGCAGUUCUUCUAUUCUGCCCAUGGGUGCCCGGGUCACACUUGAACGAUUGUCUUGCUCAGAAUAUAUUGAGCCAUUUUCAGGUCCUGGGGGCUCUUGUCCUCUCGUCCCACCAGAGGAGCGCGCCAGAGAUGAAAAGGGCAACCUUCUCCCUUGGGGAUAUGUUUACAAAGAUGAAUCUCGCAAUCCCCGACGACCAGCAGAAGAAUCAGGACCCUUCGGAAAAAGAAGAAAUGCUCGAUACGAUAAUGCCCGCUCACGAACACGAACUGGAACACCUGCAAAGCGAGAGAACCCCAAUGUCGCCGAAUUCGGACGGUUAUUCUCACAACAGCAACAGGAUGAAGAGAAGACACAUGGCUUGCCAAAGUCAGCAUCAUCAUCCAGCCUCGAUAAUCCACGCAAGCAGAAGGAGCUCGUCGCGACCGAGUGCAUACUGUACGGAUACAAAAGCAAGGACAACGAGUGGAAAGUCAUCGAUAAAUAUGAGCGCAUCUCUCAAGGCAUGAUUUGCGAAGAUUACCCUCGCACCGACCCGAACGCAUCAAGCCAUUACACCCAGCUACUGAGCGGCGGCGACGUCGUGAUUCGCAACCUGUCAGCUGAUGCGAACCGCAAGUCAAAGCGCUACGCUGGUGGUUACCACUGGAUUAAGGUCACCUACGACUCGACCCAGUCUGCAGAUCGCGCAUGUUUCUACUCGCCACAGGAAGUCGACGGCCACCUGGUCUACUGUGAACUGUACAAUGGCCACGGCCCGGCCGAGGACGCCCCCAUCCCUGCAAACUCGGCCGCAAGCAGGCGACACAGCAAAGCCGCGCGCACUCUGACUACCUCCCACUCAACCGCAUUCCUGUCCAACCCGAGCAAGGACCAGGAGCGCAUGACCCUACCCCGGUCCUUCGCUAUGAACAACCUCUCCAGCGUCCCCGACCUCCCGGAGGACGAAGGCCACUCCAACGACUCCUCGACAAUCGCCGAAACAGAAGAGACAAUCACAUCCACUGUAACCUCAUCCACCGCAAUGUUCGCCACCGCAUCUGCCCAAUCCUCCUUCCAGCAGGGUGCGUCCUCCUCGACCUGGACAACAGGCGCAUCCGGCACAGACCGAGGCGCCGUCCAGCAGCGCCGCCCGGCCCACGAAGCGCCCGUCCCCGACAGUGAAUUCAUGACGCACAUCCCAACGGUACGCCGCACAAAACUCCGCCCACUAGCCGAGGCGCUCCCCCCGCAGCCAACGAUGACCGAGCGCAUCCUGCGUUCGAUCCCCAUUCUCAGUUGGUUCACGGGCGACAUUGUAGGCGAGGGACCUGUCUUUUGCGAAGACGGCUCCUUCGACUGGGACAAGUCAAGCAUGUAUUGGAAGUUCUGGUACUCGUUCGACGUUGUCCUACACACGGACAUGUGUGGCUUGAAGGAGGAUAACUGA